CAAUUUUUGUAUAAUUUAAUAUCCUUAACCCUAUUGAUUACCUCAACCACCUACCCAUAGUCUUCUUUGGUGUCUGAGCAGCAGCUGUUCACGCUUCCUCGGAAUGCGUAAAGUACGUGUCUUCCCCACUCUUUCCCACUCAGCUUCCCAAGAAGAAGAUGAACAGCUGCAGACAUCACAUUUUUGCAGCCAGCUGCUCAAUCUCAUGAUGCCUCCAAAUGAGAGCGAAUACAUGCACAUCCAUCUGCAGCAGAAGCACAGGCUGCUAUUAAUAGCUAGCUACCGGUAGCUAGCUAGCUAGUAGAGCCAUCAACAACCACAAGCCACACAAUCACACCCGGAUAAAGGCAAACGAAUCGAAUCGAGCGGAACCAUCUAGCUAGUAGCGAAGGACAAGAAAGAGCGAGACACAGCAGGAGCGACACUGACACUCUAUUGACAAUCUGUUUGAUCACAAUGGACGAUCCUGAUCCUGACAAGAUGGAUCUAGCGCUGAACGCUGAGUUUGAUUCCUCGUUGCUCGGAUGUUGGGAGCCAACGGAUGGCGGAAAGAACGACGCCAACAAAGACGAAGGUGGUAGUACGGCCAUGUUGUCUCAGUCUCAUGCCAAUGAAGAACGUGUCAAUGAUAGCGGAGGCGGCUUGGGUGGCUUUGGUGGUAGAAGCACCUCUCCACGCUUCGCGAGAAUGCCAUCAUUCACCAUGGUGACUGAAAAGCAGAACGAUGGCGGCAAGCAGAAUGACUUACAAAGCAACCAGGGGCAGCAGCAGCAGCAGCAGCAACAGCAGACACCAUGGCAUCAGAUGGCAUCUUCAACUGGGCAAACGAGCGCCAACAUUCCAUACGCUUCCGGCAACACUACCGGUACGGGAACAAACAAGGAUAACCUGACAACGAAUGAUACAACAGAUGGAAACAAUGGGGAUUCAAGAAUAGCAACAGCGGGAAAUACAUUCACGAACAGAAUCGCAGCACAUAGAAGCAGUCUAGAGGGGAAUCCUAACUCAAGGAAUGUGCAGACAACAACGGCUCCGGAAGUUUCAAACACCACCCAGAUGCACCCGCUGGCCAUUCCUUCGUCGGCUACUUGUCCUCCUCAUAUUGUGACGACGGCUCAUCAGGCCGGCCAUCCGCAAAUACAGACUGUGAUGGGCAUCCAAAACACUCUCUUCCCCAUUCAGACCAUGGCAUUGACAACCCUCGGCGGUUCUUCGGCUCCCUUUGCUGCAGGAUUGCCAUUUACAACCGCGUCACAUGGUGACGCAGGCCAGAGCACCGGCAUGGAUGCGAUGCAACAACAGCAAGGACAGAAUGAACAACAACAACAAAAUGCAUGCCAUCACAAAGACAAACAACAACAGCAACAACAACAGCUGCAGAAUACAUCUGCCUUGGUGUUCCAGUCACUCCCAGGGGGGCAGCAGCAACCGCAGCAACAAGUAGGUCAAUCUCCGCAGCAGCAACAACAACAGCAGCAAGUCGCAGAAAGCAGCAAUAACAACAGCAACUCCUCAACACCGCCGCCCUUCUACCUCUUUGACGCCCCGGUUGAGCUGCGCGUCAACUUCAUGCAGUCGCAACGCAUGCAUGGACUACCGGUCACUGAGGAUAGCAACUCGUAUCACUAUGGGGUUGCAGUGAAUGGUUUUCACCCACAGCUCGCCACAGGGCAGCUCAAUGGUUCUGCCUUACCCGGCACUAACGGCACUCCUGGUGCAAACAACAACUACCCAACCAAUGUCCAGCUCGUGGAUGCGCGUCACAGCAAUCGAAAGGCCGGAAGAAUCAAGAAUGAACGGGAGCAAAGGCGGGCACAGAAGAUAACGGAACUGAUUGAUCAGCUCCGGGAAAAGAUGGAACAUGGUGGCUGGAAUGUUCAAGUCAAGAGCAAGUUCCACACUUUGUCAUCCUGCGCUGAUUACGUGAAGCACCUCAUGAAGACUACUCAAGAGAAGGAAGAUGCCGUCAACAAGGCCAAGUCGGACUUGCAGAUGAAGGAACGCAAGGUUGAACAAGAAAAGGCACUUCAAGAGUCCAGAUCAGAUCCGGAAAGCGUCAUGUCGAGUCUGACAUCAUCGACGGGAGACUCUGGAACAUCCAACCGCCACAACACCAAAAAGGUCAGCUCAGAAAGCAGUUGCACGGAGGACGAACAACGCAAACGAAAGUUUUCUUCUUCCGAUAGAGCGGGCAGCAGCAAGAAGAGCCGGAGCGAUAACAUGACCUCCGAGCAUUCCUCUGAAUCUGGCGAAGAGCGAGAUUCUCAGCAACUGAAUCAGCAAUCUUUGGACAAAACCACGUCAAGUGUGUCUGACAUUACAGAAAGCAACAAGGAUUCCUCGAACUCUGGGACCGAUUCGCAGAAUUCAAAUCAACGAUCGGAUGACGACGACGAAAGUGGCACGCCCUCUUCCAUCAGUGCCUCAUCGAGUGCAGCAGUCGUGCAGAAUAAGAAACGUACGAAGCAUGCUGAUGUUGUCAUCAAGGAACGCGGCAACAAAUUCCCGGCGGAAGUGACUUCGCUGGAAGAAAGCUUUGUUCUGGACUACGAAGAAGUCUUUGUCAGGUCCAAUGUCCCACAGAUAAUUGCGACGACGGCUGGACGUAUUGUUGCUUGGAACGACUUCUUCUUGAAAGCCACUGGGAUAUCCAAAGCGGGUGUGAAGGGUUUGACAAUCUUCAGCCUUGUCAAACAAGACAAACUUUCCAACCUCUUUGAGAUUGUAGCCAAAGCUCUCCGUAAGGGUGCGGCGCCAAGUGAGGUCACAGCAGAAGGGUCCUCCAAUGCCGGUGAUGGUCCGAAAUGGGACUAUACAGGAAUGACCCUCCCUUGCAUGGACUUCCCCAAGACAAAAGAACGAGCCAAAAAUGGAAAACCCACGGUGAAUCCAUUGUAUAUCACUGUGACGCUCAUGGCCGACGAAGACCCACGGAAGCGUUUGUUUCAUUGCAUCUUCACUGAUUCCCCAGGCACAAAGGGAGCUCUUGGGUCAAUCACCAAAGAUCUCCUCGCCAUCCUAUUCACCCGCACAAAACACCGCAAGAGCUUGGACCAGUCGGAGUCUCGAAAAGCCAAAAGCGAGAAAUCUAGUCUCAGGGAGAAAUAGGUGCCUACCGGUACCAUACAUGCUUCGACAGAAGGCAUCUUACGGGGAUAAGGUAACAUGCAAUAAGUUGAUCUAGAUUAUUAUACACUCUUCCCAAACUGAAACAGGAAUAGCAUGUGAUAUUGCACAGUGCCGGCAUCGAUAGGCGAAGAGGGACGCACCACCCACAACAGUACGGGAAGUACCAUUACAGCGUUCUACUAGUAGCUAGCAAGUAAGUAGUAGUCUAGUAGUUGACUGUGCUAUUCAAGAAUCAAAGUUAGCCUUAUUAUUAGAUGUCUGUGGCGUUUUUGGUGAGUCCUCACCAAUGAGCCCAGUGAGCCCAGUUGUAGCGGUCUGGCUUGGGCAUGCUAUGCCAAACAACCUGAAAGGCUCGCAUUCGUUGUUUGACGCAUUUUAGAGGGCCCCAAAUCAAAUCAUCCGAUUGUAGCAAAGAGUGACCG